CACCAACACACACCUCAAGCUUUUUCUUCACCUCACACACACAGAGACACAAAGUGCUUCUGUCACAAAUCUCCUUUAGAGAGACAACACACACAUUCUGCUGGAUGUUCUGGAUUUAUGGUGGAACUUUUAGUGGUCUAAGGGUGAACUUAGCGGGAGGUCUCUGGGGCCACUGAGAGGGUUUGGAGGUUAUGUUCCAGACGAGGAGUUUGCUCAAGACUGUGACCUCUGCAUUCAUCAUUGCCACUCUCAGCCAUGCUGCUCUGCUGCCCACAUCACUGAACAUCUCGAUACAGUCGGAGAACAUGAGGCACAUCCUGAAGUGGAGCUCUCUGCGGGAAGUCUGCUGCUCCGUUAACUACACUGUAAAGUAUCAGGGUGAGUUUGAAUACAUGAAGAAUGACAGCUGGCUGGACGAAUACUCCUGCGACAAGAUCGUCCAUACCGAGUGUGACAUGACCCUCGCCCUGAGCUCGGACUCUGAUUACAACAUCAGUGUGCUAGCGCGGUGUGACAAAUCAACACUGUGGGCUCAGCUCCCGAAGACCUUCAAUCGCAGAGACACUGUGCUGCUUGCUCCGAACAUGAGCGUGAAUCCAAGGGUAGGCCAAAUUGAAGUUUACUUCGGCGAGAUCCAAAACCAUAUCAACAUAAACCUUAAAAUUUGGAAGAAAGGGAAUGAGCAGAAUCCUGUUAGUAAGGAGAUAACAAAAAUUGGUCACAAUGGUCAAACAUUUUAUUAUGAUGCCUGGCUGGGUGGAGGAACAUACUGUCUGAAAGCAGAGGCUAUCCUGGACAUCACCAAAAAGACCAGCAGCACAGACACACACUGCGUCCCUGUCAUGGAGCCCUCGCUGGUCAUACCGCUCACUGUGGGCGUCGCUGUGGCAUUAACCCUCGUCGUGGCUUUGAUUCUGGGGUUGACAACCCCGCGCUGUAGCCUCUGGCUCCGGAGGUCCAUGCGUAAUAAUGAGCCACUGCCUAAGGCGCUGCUUGGCUGGCCAAAAAGCACCCCGAUAUUUUCCUCCAAGGUCCUGCUGGAGCCAACACACUCCGUGUUACUGCUAGACCCAUCAGAAGAACAGGACAGAAAGUCGGAGACGAAGGCAACGUGUGAUGAAGAGAUGAGAUGAGUCCAUGAGAUGAGUGACACCAUGAACCUGUUCAAUGUGAAAACAACGAAGGAGUCGAUGGUUAAACAUUUAUGAAGUAAUAAGCCAUGAUUUAAAUAGCAUGAAGGAUCUGUUUACUGAUUCAUUUCAUUUAACUGAUUCACAAAAACAACAUUCUGUGAUAUAAUUUGUAUUUAUUGCUAUGCAUCAUCUGGUGACAUCACUGAGGAACUGAACGUGGUUUGAGGCAGAGAUUUACAGAAAAGAUUUUGAAGGCUCCCGUGAGUCCUCAAAGAUCGUGAGUUUGAAUCCUGACGAUGCCACAGCCAAUCAUGGCCUGGAGCCAAGGAAGCAAAAAUUGCCUGUGCUCUCUGAGUGGGAGGAACAUAUUCUCUCUCCACUGUCAAUCACAGCAACACUAGCCAGUCGUGGCUGUCUGUGAGCUCUUGUAUGCAGAAGAGGGUUGAUAGCGCUUUCCUUGUGUUAUGCUGCUCUGUGAUGUAGCAAAAAGAUGCAGGUGGCUGGCUUCACAGCUUGGAAGAACCAUGUGCUAACCCACACCCUCCCUAGUUGGUAGCUGCCUUGCGAUGGGGGGAGCUGACUGGUGGGAAGGAAUUGGGAGAAAAAGAUUUUGGAUGAGACGGAGAGAUUACAUUAUACAGUACCUCCAGUGCAAAACUAAAGAAGCAAACUAAAGACACCAAUCACAUCUUGACUGAUUGACCACAUUUGGGAUUUAGGGACAUUUGGCAUCAGUUCAAAAGUUAUGUUAAUAUUUAUGAGGGGAAAAUUCAUAGACAAUUUAACUUGCUUAACUUGAUUUUCUGGACCAAAUAAAAUUUUAUAUAUAUGUCUUA